GUUCUGCUCACUGUGAUGCACAUGCAUGAUGUAGGUCAGAAGAAAGCUAAGGCAGAUUGGGCAGAGUUGUCGGUCAUUAUGAACGGACGUAAGCUCCAUGAAAAGGCCACCUACAAAAUGUAUUAUCGACUAGUUCAUGGCCAAGGUUUUGAGAGCAUUCUUGAAGGUCUGUUUGGUGAAGAACUCAUAGAAGACCUAAAAUUAUUUAAGGACUGUGAACCUGACGCUGUAUCUGAUUGGUCAUUUGAUGAAAACUGUGUAUUCUGCUGUUUGAGAAGAGACAAAGUGAAGGAACAUUUAAUUAACUUAAGCAACGAGGGACUUGAAGAUACACCCAAACCUCUCCUGGUCAAAGAUCAGACCACACUCAGCAGACUAGAAAGACAAGCUGAGGAAUUUCUCAGUGCAGUCCUUCGUAGAAAAGAUGUGCCAAAUUUCUCAGACCCUCACGUUCCAGUAGUGGCGCGAGAGAUACUUCAGAGAAUGAUCCGACAGUUUGCUGCUGAAUAUACCUCAAAAACCAGCCCCUCUCAGGACAGUUGCUCAGAUCACUCUGACCAAAGCUUGCCUCCCUCACAGUCGCUUUCUGGGGCUCCUCCUUCUACCAGCCCUGCUGCCACUCUGGCUGUGUCUGCACACAACCAGAACCCUGUCCUCAGCAAGCUCCUCAUGGCUGACCAGGAAGCUCCUCUUGACCUCACCAUCAAGAAGCCACUGGCAGAGCCCACUGAGCAAGAUGGAGUCCUUGACUUAUCCAUAAAAAAGAAUCGUAAUAGCAGCAACAUUCCAGUCCGCAGUCCUUGCCUCUCUCCGGCCACAUCCACGGUCAAAGGCGAGUCUACAGACCUGCGGGUCACAAAGGCAAAAGAUCUGCAGUCCACCUCUACGCUGGAGCAGUUCAUGGCUAAACUCUGCCUGCACCAUCAAAGACAGAUCGUAGAUGCCAUUGGUUUCUUGCAAACGGAGGUUAAAGCACUAGCAUCCUCCACUGCUUCUUCAGCCUCUAAUCCUACCUCUGGGAUCCUGGGAACUGCUUUUCCAACAGCAAAAUCCAGUGCAGUUACUCCUGACAGGUCAUGCGCUGAGCAAAGUUUUCCCAGUGAAUCGACUUCUAAAUCAGAAAUCCAGGAUAUAUCAAACUCAAAUCCCAGUCGCGCAAUAAAAAGAACACCAGACCAGGCUGUGAUUUCACCGAAAACAUCCGUUCCUGCUUUGAAUCUUCCCCAAACCAGAUCAGGGACGAUCCAGGCUUUGGUCUCUCCCACUACGAAUCCAGCAGAUGUAGAGAACAACCGUCAUGGUGAUCAUGCACCUCUGAAGAUGAAAAUAAUGAAGACCAGCAAUGUCACCGCUGGCAACAAGUUGUCAUGCGUGCUCACUACUUCUCUUUCGUCUCACUCCAACACUUUGGAGGACAGACAGGGUAACUCAACUUCAUCCACUAAAACAGAGAUGCACAGUGCCAGACUCAGCUCCUCUUUGAAAAGACACAAUCAGGCUAGUCAUACACAUCAAGUCAGGCAGAGAGAGACUAUAGGACAUGCCAAAGAUACACCAGCAAAACUGUACGCCUUUCAUGUGAGCAUUCCUUCAGACUCUCCCCGGACUGCCAGAAAGACCAUCAAGGCAUCCUCUGAUCUUCGGAACAGGGACUCUACUGGUAGAGGAAUCAUUGACCCAGAUCUUGGCCACUGUGACAUUGUUUAUAUUGACAAACCCAUUACAGAGUGUUUAAAGGAAAAGCACCGUAACAUGCUCCCACGUCGCAAUGCCAGAAAGAGCACCAGAGGACAUAUGUAUGCAGAGGAAACAUGGGAGUUAAAAACUGUCCGUACAUUAGCAGGGAGAGGUAACUGUCCUAAUCCAAUGCCGGAGUUCAUCACAUCGGUUACCCCAAAACAAAUACUCUCCAAACCCGAAGGCGUACCCCCUGUGGAUAUGCCGUUCGCUGUAGAAUGUAGGGAGGCGGUGAAUCAGCAAACAUCCACAGAGGAGUCUGAUGAGAGUGUGUUACCAGGAACGGGAGAUAUGGUAGAAACAGCAGUGAGUGAAGCAGACGUUAUAGUUGAAACUAGUCAGACAGAUCAGAGUCAGAGUAAAGGGCAGCCUGGUCCUCCAUCUCCAAUAAGCUCUCCAGCAGAAAACAUAGAACCUGAUGUGAUUUUAGAGCAUACAACUUCAGAGUCAGGGAAGGCAGUGGAAAAAGAGGAAAGUGUUGCUCCGACUUCUAUUAAUGAGGAAGAAAAAGACAUGACCGAGUCUCAAGAUGCCACAAAAGAAAGUGUUGAGCAAGUAGUAUCAGAAACUGUAUCAAAACCCUUAGGGGAAACAAUGUCAGAGCCCUUAGGGGAUAAUAAUAUAGCAGAAGUCGAACCCCAACUUCCAUUAGAGAAAAAUGAUAAUGUGCCUGUGCCCCAACAAAUUGACAACCCAUCACCGGUGCAUGAAGUUGAAGAAGAGACAGGGAAAAACGAAAGGGAGAAUGUACAAGAUGAGCAACCUCAGGGAGUUGAAGUACAGUCAGAGACAAUUAUGAAACCUGACAACUUAGGAGAGAUAGAAGAGUCCAGAACCACAGAUUCAGCAGUAGAAGAGAAGGUUAAAGAGCAAGAAGUUAAAACGUCAGAGACAGAUCACACUCUUGAGUCCGUAGAUCCUGAAAAUAAUGAUGAUGAUGAUGAUGAUGAUGGUGGUGAUUAUGAUGUGUCCGCAAUGACCAUGGAUGCACUCUCAAAAGAAUUACUCCCUUGGCGUAGAAAGAAAGGCACUGUAAUUUCACUGCCCAAGCGAAUGAGACAAACAGAGGCAGUCAUCGUGGGCUAUGUUAACGGUAGACCUGUAUCAGCAUCUGACAGAAGUCUCCGUCGUAGGUCAUCUAGUAGCAUAUCGCCCCAUAAGACCCCAGAGAAAUCCCGUCAGAAUGUACUCAAAGCAACAUCUGUGGAAUCAGGAGUGGAAUCUAGUAAUUUGGAAAAAUGUGUACCUCAAACAAACACACCCGUGAGUAGUCCCGUAAAUCCACCUGUGACAGAACCAUCCUCUGACACACCAUCAAGCCCAGCAUCAAAAGUUCCCUCAAGGACCAAACAAAAAAGAGUCAAAAAACAACAGGAAAACACCCUUGAACAGUCAGUCGAUUCACUGAACACAGAGACCAAACGCAGUCUUAGAUCAGCCAGUCAGAAACCUGAAACUCUAGUAGCGCCACUCACUUCAAACAUUUCCAUUUCAUCUCCAAAACCUUCUGUUGCCAGUGAUCUUCCAUCCACAGAGCAGGUCCCCUCCCUUCCUUCAUCAUCUCCCCCACUUCCUGUUUCUUCUCCUCCGUUAGUCAGCUCAUCGCCUCGUCCUCCUACGCCUCCCGUUACUGCAGAAGAGUCCCAACCGAGCUCAGUUCAGGAGACAACUGUGGACUCAAACACUGAAAAAACACAACAAGCAGAGAAAUUUAAUGAAGUACAAAAAAGUGAGAUAGAAAGUAGACUCCAGGCCAAGCAGAAACUAAGGUCAGGAAAGGUUAUAACAGAUGUUAGUAAGACUGAGAAAGCCCAAAUUAGCAGUGAUGUGCCCUUGGAAAAUCAGAGUUCUUUAAAGACUGAAGUGAACACACCGAUUGUGCCAGGAAGAGUUAAACGGGUUCUCCACAAGGAGGCUGAAGCAAGCAAUUUGUCCGUGCAGCAGAUGGCAAAUGUAGCAUCAUUAGGAGACAAGUCUGUAAGUGGAGAUGGUAGUAAGUCUUCCACAUCUGAAAAACCUACCAGAAUGCCGUUAAGGAGUGAGAGCAGCAAGGCUGAACUGUCCCAGCAAUCUCUCUGUCAGUCACCACCAGUUGAAGACAGGAAGUUAGCUUUGAGAUCACAGAGACAGGCUGCACCUUCAACCAGUAGUCCUAGUUCAGGUGGAAGACAGGGUGAUGUGGCUUCCCCUAUUAGAAUGAAGCCUGAGAGACCAACUAAAGCUCAGACGAAGCCCUCUCCAGCACCAGUUGCUUCCGUGCAGCCCCACAGCUCAGCCAUCCCUGUCAACACACCAAGAUCAGAACCACCAAAACAAACUGCUAACAAAUUCUAUCAGUCUCUCACUGGAGAAGAAAACCAACACAUAAUUACAAAUCUGAACAUUAAGUAUGAUAAAAUGCAGAAAGGCUGGGUGCAGAUGGACAAGGAGGGUCAACCAGCCCCAAAAUACAAAAACAAAGCAGACAGACAGGCAGCUAUAUGGAAAAGUAAGCGCAGGACACGAAAACCAAAGUCUUCAGACCAUCAGAAAUAUUCACCGGUGCAAAUGCUCUUCAUGAAAGGGUUUGAUCUUACCAGUAUAUGUCGCUGGUUCCUUGAAUCAACUGAAACAAAAUCCCUUGUCAUUGUCAAGAAGGUGAACACGCGUCUUCCAUCAGAAACUCAGUUAUGUUUUCACAGCUCGUCUAGUACAUCAGGGACUUCCCAGGGGGUCUUUCCAAGCUUACAAGCAGAGCGCUUAAAGAAACAUUUGAAAAAGUUUGCCAUUGCCUCGCCUGUGAAGAGCAACCCCAAGAGUCAGAAACUGAUUGCCAGAGCACUGGAGCAAGAGGCCAAUGCAGUCAAAGGGAAAGAGAAGAAAGAGAUUUCUAAUGCUAGUACAGGUCCGACAAAGUCAAUCUCCUCAGCCAAAACCUGUGUGCUGAUGAGUGAAUCUCAGAAAACUUCAGGUAAGUCAAAGAAUCCAGCUAGUGCAAGGAUCUUAAGGAAAUACUCGAACAUUAGAGAGAAGAUGCAGGUUCAGCAAGCCAAUGAUAGACUCAAAGACAAAUCAAAAACAAAAGCCACUAAGAUGAAAACACUCACCACUACAAAGGCUGUGUCCAAGGCAAAUCUAAAACCAUCUCUGAAGCCACAGAAAUCAUCCCUACGUGUCACUAAGCAAAUUAAAGAAUCUCCAACAAAACCGGAAAAAAAGAAAACAUUAGUUGUGAAAAAAAAUACAAAACAAUCAGUUAAGGAGAAGGCCACCAAGACUCAGAACAACAGUCGACCAUUGAAAGAUCAGGUAAAAAAAGAAUCGCCAAAGAGAGUUUCCCAGCGACUAGGGUCUCCUAAAGCACCUGAGUCUAACGCUGACACGUCUAAAAGCAAGGGUGAGAAAAAGGUUGAAACAGAGAAAGCGGAGGAGGAAAAACCGACUUCUACUAAAGUAAAUGCUGGAAAAGUCCAAUCAAAGGAACCACCAUCAACAGUCGUUCAUAAUAAAAGUAUUGAUAAUGCAGUUGAAACGCCACAGCAGUGUACUGAUGUCAAGGUUUCAAACUUACCUGACCAGGUAUUAACAAGGUCCCAGAGAAAAAUGGAGGCAACGAUGCCUUCAAGUGCAAGACCCACUUCUGGCUCGAAAAGGACUGCAAAGUCCUUGGCGACUCCUAAAGCAGUCGCACGAGCUGAGGAACCCACAGUGACAAGAAGCGGGGCGUUAAAAUCCCCUGCCAAGAGAAGCCAGGCAGCAUCAUUACCACGUAGUGCAACAAAGAGAGCUCAGGAGCUUUUAGAAACCCCAGCGAAACGCACCAGGACGUCCAAGUAAACCUGCAAACACAGACCAUCUUUAUUUAGGAGAUUUUGUUUUACCUGGAACUUAUUUAGAAGGAGCAGAAGUAUCUAUUUUCUAUUCUUCACCAAACUCUUUAUUGAAGACAGAUUCUCAGUCAGCAGAUACAUGAAGAAGGAACAGGGAUUUGAUGUUGAUUGAUGCUUUUGUAAAGCUUCAGUAUGGAAAUGCAAAUGUGAAGUCCUAUGUGUAGUGUGCUGUUUGGCUUUAUGUUUCACUCUGCGACACGGCUGGAGAUUACAGUAGUGAAACUAAAUUUUAAAAAUCGGGAUUACAAGUGUAGUGUUUUGAUGCCAUUUCCAAGGAGACAUUUGAAUAAUUUACCACCAUGUUUUGUUCUUUUAUUUCCCCCAGUUUGUAUAUAAUUGUUUUAAAAAACAGCAUGUCCUGCAUUUGAAUAACAGAAUAUCAGCGCUUUGGAGAGAAUAUCAAAGCAGAGAUUAGUUUGGAAUAAGAUCUUUACUUCUAGUAAGUAGGCAAUUUGUUUCUCCAGCCGGUCUUCCAAUCACAACAUUGUGAAUAUGUGACUGUUGUGGGUAGGUGCCUUAUUUAUGAAAUGUUAAGUUACAGAAUGUGUUGAUAAAUGUGAAAAUUCUUGUCCUCUAGUUAUAACAGCUUGCUAUUACUGGAGAGGCAGUUUGUUUCCUUUGCAGUGUGUCCAAAUUGUUUUUUGUUUUUGUUCCACACAGAUUGUGCCUCGUGCGUCAUGUAAAUUUAUUUUGACUAGCAUUCUGAUUUCCCGAUCUACUCUUGCAUCGGCUGUAUUUUUAUAUUACCAGUUUCCCAGAGCAUUAACAUAAAAUUCUUGUUAUUAUGGUUGUAUUAGGUAUUAAAAAUAUGAUUUUGAGUUGUUAAAAAAAAACAAAACAAUAUUUCAAGCUCUAUAUUUCAACACAAAAGCAUGUAUUUUGUUAAGUUGUCCUGGCUCAGUUGAUGUACCUUUGCAGUCCUCUCAUCAUUAUUAUGCUAAUUGUUCUUUGCUCAUGAUAGUGACUACACCCUGAGUGUUUGUCCUGUUUUGCAUGUGUUAGGUCCUGGUGAUGUGGAGACACUUACAGAUUGAUUUGAUCAACUCUUGCAAUGCCUUCAUAGAGACCAUCUGAACCAUUAUCAUUGGAAAUACUAACCCAUCCAAGACUAUGCAUGCACAUUUAGUGCCUGUCAAAGAGCUGUACUGACAAAGAAAAAAAAAAAAAAAAAAGGAAGUGGUUUGCAACAGUGAUGAUAUUUCUGAACAAAAACGACCUGAUAAGUGUGGUUGGUGAAUGUGGGUGAUGUACGGCCUCUUUAGCAUUAAAAUCACCAACCGGGCAGAUGAAUCCCUUCAGUUAAUUAUUCACAAAUUGGAUAUACAGUUUUUGGGGUAGUCUAGUCAUACUUCUGAGUGGUGUAUCAAUGUAUGUUGCAGUUUUAUUCUUAUGUUAUUAUUUUAAUUGUCAUUAACUGUUGGGCAGAUGUUCUCAUAAUGUGAAGUUUCUUUACUUUACAGUAGUAGCUUACAUUACCAUACCGUUUUUAGCACGGUGUUCCGUUUUUUGUUUUUUUUUUUUCUUUUAUGGUCAUUUCUCUUUAGAGUAAUUCAUCUGUAAAUGCAAAACAUGUCUGUCAUGUUUUUAUUGUUAUUUAAGAACUCCAUGUAGGCUAUAAUGGAUUUAGCAAACCCAAAAACAGCCCACCAAAUAUCAGACUUGAACAUGUUUAUUCUUUACAGUUGCUAUUUAAAGAUUUUGAUUUUGUAUAUUUGAAAGAAAUAACUGCUUUAUUUGUGGUAAUCCCAAGAAUGAUGCAUCUUCAUGUUAAAAACUUUGUAUUUUUGCUGGAGUUGAUAUAAAGAUGUUUGAAUUUUA